GCGCAUGCGCAGUCCGCUCGCCACCGACUCAGGAUGUUCGUGCUCGCUAAGGCUCUCGUGCGCGCGCCGCUGAUGCUGCGGAUUUGACGGGUCGGCCGCCGGGACAGCGAGCGGAGGGAGACCGGAACUUAGGAAAUAAUGAACAACAAAUUUGACGCUCUGAAAGAUGACGACAGUGGAGAUCAUGACCAGGACAACAGCUCACCGAAAGAUGGUGAGAAGGAAAGAAAUGAUGAUGAGGAAAAGGACCAAAACACUACCAAGAGGAAGGCUGUGGUUCCUGGCGCAGGGGAACACCCUCUUCAGUAUAACUACACAUUCUGGUAUUCUCGGCGAACCCCAGGCCGACCAGCCAGUACACAGAGCUAUGAACAAAACAUUAAACAGAUCGGCAGCUUUGCUUCGGUGGAGCAGUUCUGGAGGUUUUACAGUCACAUGAUCAGACCAGGUGAUCUGACUGGCCACAGCGACUUCCACCUGUUUAAGGAGGGAAUCAAGCCCAUGUGGGAGGAUGAUGCUAAUAAGAGUGGAGGGAAGUGGAUAAUUCGGCUUCGGAAAGGUCUAGCCUCACGCUGCUGGGAAAAUCUGAUCCUGGCCAUGCUGGGUGAGCAGUUCAUGGUUGGUGAGGAGAUCUGUGGAGCUGUUGUCUCUGUCCGCUUCCAGGAGGAUAUCAUAUCUAUUUGGAACAAAACAGCAAGUGAUCAGGCUACUACUGCUCGUAUCAGAGACACACUUCGCAGAGUCCUCAACCUGCCACCAAACACCAUCAUGGAGUACAAAACACACACUGACAGCAUCAAGGCUUGGGAAGAUUUCCAUGGACUGGUGAAUGCUAGUGGUGGCCGCUAGGUCUUUCUCAUGGGUAGACGAUGGGGUUACCUUCAUUGUGGGUGAAGAGGACUUUCCUAGGGCAUACAACUCAUUUAUGAAUUAAUAUUGUUUUUAACGGAAAACAAAAACGGAUAUUGUCUACUGGAAAGUCCAUUUUCCUGGUCGAAAUAUCUGAUCAGCAAAAAUGCCCCUGAGAAUGAAGGAGGAGUGAAAUGACAAGCAACAAAUGUUUUUGAAUAGUUAAGAUAAAUUUAAGCUGGGGAAAGAACAAGCCUCAAAAAUUGUCGCUACUGUGGUUCUGAUGAAGGCUGAUUAACAAAACCAAUCAAAUUGUAAUUUGGUACAUAAUUGUGCUGAAAGUCACAUUGACCUCAUCUGGCAAGUUAUUCAGCUUCACAUAACCCACCCUUCUUAGAAAGCAAGUACUUUUAUUUGAUAAUGCCAUAAACAGGGUUACAUUUUACUAUAGUGCAGUAUUUUAAUUUCAGUGUUAAAGUUUUGUUUUUGAAAUUGUAAGAAACAAAAAAAAUCUAUAUUUUCAAAGAUUUUUGAAGAGAUAUAUGAUGGAAUCUGUUCUUGUUCAUUUUUUUUGUUGUUUUAAGCUGAAUAUGUUGAAGCUUUGACUAAAAGAUAUCACACUGUGCCUGCUUCCCAGAAGCACUCAGCAUUCUGUGAUUUUGUGUUGGAAAGACAUUUUUAUGAUAAUGCUGUCAGCUGAAAAAUCUUGAUUCUCCUUUACCACAAAGUAGAAUCCACCAUGAAGAAGAAUACCAAAUGUGGAUUUGGAGAUUGGUCAUGGUUUGUCUACAUCUCUUACAUACUGCCUGGAUUUGUAAACUUGAGUGUGUUUGAAGUAAUGUUUGGAUUACAGAUGACUGAUAGCAAUAAAAGUCAAAUAUGCAGUUGCUGCUA